AUGACCGUGGAGGACAUCACGCAUGAAGAGGACAUCAAGCGGCUGUUGAGGACAAUUGUGGAUCAUCAGAUCAGCCUCCAUGUUCGCAUGGGAGAGGUGAACGAAACUCUCCAAGAGAUGGCCAAAAGGAACAGUGACGAUAUGAGGUCACUGAUGGAGCUGAUGAAGGCAACCCUAGCGCCUCAAGGGCUGCCCGCACCACCGCAGCAGGCGGGAGAAGCGGCGGCGGGGACCAAGGUGAUCGCCGCCACGACCAAGACGCCGGUGGUACCGACCGAGGCGAUGACGGCGACCGCGGGGUCGCCGGGGGCGACGGCGGUGCGGCAGCUCGCGGGAGGAGGCGCGCACGGCGGCGGUGAGGGCGCUGAUCCUCAGGGAGGCGCCGCGAGGCGUGCGGGCCCAGGGUUGGGCCAGCGUAAUCAUGGGCUGGGUCUGCUACCGUCUCUGACAGCUCAGGAGAUGGCGGCAAGGCACGGGAAGCCCAAGAUGCCAGGCUAA